UAUUAACAGCCUAGCCCGUCAGGUAAAAAAUAAAUUAAUUCCGAGCCAACCUUGCUCAACCCUCGUCAACGAGCCUUCGGCCUGCCAACUCGCUUUUCCAAGCGACAAGGUGUCGCUCUCUGCUCUCCGCUCUCAGUUGGCUGUGUGUGUGCUCAACACUCGCUUUUAGUUUUCGUUGCGUUUGCCAGUAUGAAUUUUUCCUCUCAGCUGCUGAGCGCGUGUGUUGUGAUUGUGUGAAUUGCGUAUGCGUUUGUAGUAUUUCUGGCUGCCACACGAAAACGAUAGAUUCCUGGCGGAGCGAACUGUUUCGAUUGGAUAAGUGCAAAGUGAACUAGUGAUGAGCAAUGCCAGUGAGGGGAAUCUGCUGUUGCUGCGGGCGGUGGAGAAGCAGCCGCCGCUUUACGAUCGCACCGACGAAAACUAUAGGAAGCGCCUGCCGAGUGAGAACUCCUGGGACAUGGUGGCCUCCGAAGUUGGAGAGUCGGUGGAAAAGUGCAAGCGACGCUGGCGUCAGUUGCGAAAUGACUAUACCCGCUGGUGCAACUCCGACGCCAACCGUCGCCGAAAUGGUCAGCGUCGAUUGGCUUAUCCGCUGGCCGACGAGCUGCGCUUUUUGGACCGCCAUCUAAACCUGGCCGACGACAAUGCGGUCGAGGACGACCUCAGCGUAUCAUCGGACAAGGACAGGGAUAGCAAUAGGGACAGCGAGAGUAGGGAUCAUCUUCCCCAGGCAUCAUCAAAAGAACGCGCAGCAUCGACAAGCAAGUUCGUUAAGGAGGCCAAGCCAGCGGGUCAAGUUCGCAAAGAAAAAUCGCCACAAGAAAAGAGAGAUAUUCUGGAAAAUCACCAAGAGAAGCAGCGAGCCAGGAAGAAAACUGCUGAAGAAGAACUGGAGGAAUCUGAGGAAUCGGACGAACCAGAGAAAGUUCCGGAACACGAUAGUUUUUUGCAGUCGGACAAUGAAGGUGACGAUUGCGUAGACGAGGAGCACCUGGAGGAUCUCGACAGUUUCGAUUUUGACUUGGAACAAUCGAUUCAGGAAAAGAAGUGUCUAGAGAAGGAUAACAGCGACUCACCUGUUAGUCAGUCGGAGUUCUUCGUCAAGCAAAGCAAAGAUCCUCAUUUGCUAAUCAUUAGCAAAAAGAACUCGACGGCAUCGUUGGGUGAUCCCGAGGGCUUAGACUCCAAUACCGGGGAUCCCCUGGGAAACGCUAUGGAGGAUAGUGGCGAUGAAUAUGGUGGGGAUGUUGGAAAGCGCCCCACAAGCAGCGACACCAUUUCUCCAAGCCGACGUCUACGUCGCGCACGUGCAUCAAUAAGUUCCGCUGGCAUCAGGCAUUUACCGAUUCAAAAACCAGGCCAUGCACAGCGAAUGACGCGGUUGCAGCGCAGGAAAUCGAUGAGUUUGGCGGUUGUACAAAGUGUAAGGAGCUCCACAUCGCCUGUGAAAAUGACACCGGUCCCCAGAUCGCAGCCGAUCAUCAAGCAGCCAUCCGGACCAGUCCAGAUCAGGAAAAUGAGCCAUCAGGAUGACAUCUUCCCGAGACCGGCGGUGCCAGCUGGAAGUGAGAAUAAAAGUCAAAUCCAACCCAAGACCCAACAGCAGCAGAAGUCGCUGAUCCUUCCAAAGAGCGAUGCAACGAUCGCCAACCCGCAGGUUCCUGCUCCGCCACCAAAAAGAUCCGCUGGUAGGCCGCCUAAGAAGCUACCCGGGAUGAAUUCGCCCAUAAACACCAAAGUCUUGGCCGUUAGCAAGCCCACCAGCUCGGCCCCAAAUGGUGGCGGCAACACCAACAAAAGCAACAUCGUUACUACCGUAAGCAGCAGCACCACUAGCCCCAGCACCAUUACCAAAGGUACCACCAGCAACAGCCUCAAAACCACAGAAAAAAUAACCGUGAUGGGCUACAGUCCCAGUUCGUCUACCACCAGCAGCGGCGGCAAGGCCACCAGUAGUGCCUCUGGUACGAUGGUAUGUACCAUACCCAUAACCACCACCACCACCGCCGGAUCAUCCGUGUCGGGCGGCAUGGGUAUGUCCCAUUUGAAAAAUACUGAGCAGAGCACUCAAACCGGAAUCCAGGAUGCCUUUUCCGAUGAUUACUUUCUCGAAAUGAUUAAACCCCAGAUGCAGGAGAUGAACGCCCGCCAGAAGAUGCACUUUAAGAAAAAAGUAUUCCAAGCGCUGAUGGAGACCUUUGAUGAUGCCACCGAUUUCCCAAACUCUAGAGAACUGCAGCACUUUAAUAUAAACACUCCUUCAGGAUUUGAGCACGUUACAGAUCCGGAACUUCGAUUAGUCAGGGAGCUGGUCAGUAUGGUGAGCGCGGCUAAGGUUACGCUAAUUAGACCGCCAGCAGAAGCUUCAGCUCCAGCUUCCCGCAGUCCAGUUGUUCCUGACGUACAGCGUGGACCUCGACCAAACAUGCCACGCCAAGUCAUUCAGAGGGUAUACAAGCCGGGCACUGGACUCGAGAUCGCCACCAACAGCCCGACGGGUGCACAAGAAAAGAAGCUGUACAGGAUAUUGCAGAUGAGUGGUAAACCCAAUGGCAACAUGAGUGCCUCUAUGGAAAACUUGCGCAAGGAGAGCGUGGACAGCAACCAUAGUUUGGUGAAGGUGGCCAGCAACGCCCCACUAGGCAGUCCCAAGGGAGCUGCUGUGGUGGCUGCUGUGAGGCCGCAGGGUUCCAUGAUCAACAGUUUCUUUGGCCAAGGCAAUGUACUGCCGACUGCCAAGGGAGUUGCGCCGCCCAAGGUCCGCGCCAUGUCCAGGAGGUACUCUGUGUGCGGUAGCAGCAAUCCACCCAAUGCCCAAAGCGCUAGCCAAAGUUCCGCCAAUGGCGGUCCUAUACUCUCCAACCUUAGCGGUACGGACGCGUCUAUGCUUAAGCGACGAUUGAUAGCACCAGGCCAUGGAAUGGCGGCUCCUGCCCAGCGCCCUCGGUAUUCUGCCGUAGCUGCUAGUCAAACGGCCGCCGCAUCGCAGGGCAGCAGCUUACUAGUGAGGAAGUCCGUGGGCUGCGUUACUGCUUACCAAAAGCAAAUCUCACCCACAGGCGGAGCCUCCGGGCUUCAGAAAACUCCCCAGAUUGCCAGUGUGCAGGGAUCUGCUUUCAAUGACUUUGCCCAGCCCAAGCCCUCUGUGAACGGCGAUGGAAGCUCGCCAUCCUCGGCGCUGAAGCGCAGCUUGGUGGUGGCCAAUACCAAAACCUCCUUUCAAGACCUCCUUCAGCAGCCCAGUCAGCCGUCGCAGUGGAAGAAAAAGGAAUCCUCGGAGACAGCAGCCACUAUUGCUGCGGAUGAUUUUUCGCUGGCCAGCCUAAAGCGAGAGCCAGUGGAUCCCGCGGACGAUCACGAUGACAUACUCGGCAUUUAAGAAGAGGCCAAAGCAAAUCCAGAGGAUUGAGAAAAUAUUUUACGAAUCUUAAAGAUAAAAGACAGAAUAAAUAAAUCAUAAAAAACACGUUGAAAAAUUGUUAAAAGAACUAAUGCACUUAUAAUGUUGCAUAAAACAUUCUUCAAGUUGUCUAUAAUUUUAAGAAAACCAUUUAUUUUUUCUGCAUUUUUUUUUGCUAAAAGUUAAACUUACUUUUGCCCAUUUUGUUCAUUAUUUUUAAAACGGAAAGAAAAGAGACCGUUUUGUUAAAAAAUUUGGAAAAAAUGUAUAACUAAGUUUAAUAGAAAUCGAAUCCUAAU